AUGAAGAAAACAUGGAGCGUGGGAGAAAGAAUAUUCAAACAGGACUACAAGAGGAGAAUGAAGAUGUUUGAAGCAUUAGUAGAGAGCGUGGCGCUGUUUGGAGCAGAGGUAUGGGGUUGGAACAUGGAAGAAGCGCUAGAUAGGAUAAAAAGAGGGUACGUAAAAUGGAUCUUAGGUUUAGACAGGACAACACCAAACUACAUAUUGACAGAAGAGUGCAAGGUAGAAGAAAUCAAGGUAAAAGCACUAAAAAGAGCAGCGAGGUAUGAGGAAAGAACUGUAGAAUCGGAAAAGGAGCUGGUAAAAGAGUGCAUAAAGGAAAGAGAGAGAAACUGGGGAAAUGGCCAGGAAGGGAAAAGAGCAAGAAAGAGAAAGAAGGAACUAGAAGAGGUGAGAAACGGAGGGACACAGAGGGAAGCAGGAGGAGAGCAAGAAAGGUGGACAGGAGACCAAAUUGUAGAAGAAAGAAGGAAGAGAGAAACAGAAGAGAGGAGGAGAAGGAUAAGGGAAUAGAAAUACAACAGAUACUACAGAAACAUAACCAAAGAGGAGACGCCAAAGUACCUGGAAGGGAGGAUGAAGUGGAAGGACAG